AUGUGGUAUUCUAUCCUCGGACGGCUAGACGCCAACACCGUCGCUACAACCGUACCGAGCAUUAUUAACCGUUUCCACACUGCCGCCGACGUGGGAUAUGGUACUCAUCUGCAUUUCGACUCUGGGCCUGCGCGUUCCAAUUUGGACUCGCGUAGCUGUAUAAGCCCUUUCUUAAACACGACCAUCUUCCUAACAACCAUUGCUAUAUUCCUGGGCUUCAUCUUCACGACGUCCAUAGGUUCCUGGGCUUUAGUGGAGGCACCGGGUUCCAAGCGCUCUGUCCAAGCGGCUGUUCAGACAACGUUGGGUUCGGCAGAUAUCAACCUUAAAAUUGGGGUCACCUUGUCUGGGCAGCAUACGGGCUUGCCGGCUUUUAUCGCUAUUGGGCAGGUUGUAUUGACGAACAAGUUGUUAUCAAGUUCGGCAGAUGUUGUACCAGGCUUGACACCUACGUCUAUUGAGCAGCACACACUUGGCGAUAUCAAGAAUGGGCUCCCUAUCCAGCGCUGGUAUGGGGUCUUGGGUAGUAUUGAUCGGAGCUCGACCCAUACUUGA